UGCCUCCAGGGAGAACAGGAAAUGCCAGGUGUUCUGCUCCCUGCAAGGUCGCUCCCCGGGCUCCCUGUCGGACGCGUUCCUCCUUCCAUGGACAGGCCACUUCUGUUAUGCCUUCCCACCGUUUCCUCUCGUCCACCAAGUUCUGCUCAAGAUGCGCAGGGACAAAGCCCGCCUUAUCCUGAUUUCUCCGGCUUGGCCGACGCAGCAUUGGUACACCAUGCUGCUCGACCUGUCUCUGUCAGACCCGAUUCCCCUGCCUCUCUGCCCGGACCUGAUCACGCAGGGCUUCGGCAGGCUACACCACCCAGACCUGCAGUCCCUUCAUCUGACUGCAUGGCUGCUGGCUGGUUAAGCCAAUCAGAGCUGCGUUGUUCCGCCGCAGUGCAACAAGUGCUGCUGGGAAGCAGAAAGCCCUCCACACGAUCAACAUACCUUGCAAAAUGGAAGCGCUUCUGUCACUGGUGCGCUCAGCAGGACCUUGUUCCGCAGUCUGUAUCAGUCCCCAUCAUCUUGGACUAUUUAUGGUCUCUCAAAGAGCAAGGUUUAGCGAUCUCUUCACUAAGAGUGCACCUUGCAGCUAUUUCCACCUUCCAUCCUGGGGAGGCUGGCAGUUCCGUCUUCUCCCAUCCUAUAGUUUCCAGAUUCCUUAAGGGCUUGGAGCGACUCUAUCCCCAGGUCAGACAACCAGCCCCUACCUGGGACCUGAACCUAGUCUUGACCAGGCUCAUGGGGCCCCCCUUUGAGCCUUUAGCCGCAUGCUCGCUGCUGUACCUGUCCUGGAAGACAGCAUUCCUAGUUGCUGUCACCUCGGCGAGACAAGUCUUGGAACUUCGAGCUUUGACUGUGGAUCCUCCGUAUACGGUGUUCCAUAAGGACAAGGUACAGCUGCGACCACACCCGGCGUUCCUCCCUAAGGUCGUCUCCUCCUUUCACGUCAAUCAGGACAUCUUCCUGCCAGUCUUUUUUCCAAAACCGCACUCAUUGCGACGGGAACAGCAGCUGCAUACUUUAGAUGUCCGCAGGGCUCUCGCGUUUUACAUCAAGAGGACCAAACCCUUCCGACAUUCACCUCAGCUAUUUGUAGCCGUGGCAGAACGCAUGAAGGGCAUGGCAAUCUCUUCUCAGCGGAUUCCUUCUUGGGUGACAUCCUGUAUUCGGACGUGGUACGACUUGGCUCAUGUUCCGACUGGCCAUCUUUCUGCCCAUUCUACUCAGGCUCAAGCCUCAUCUGCCGCGUUUUUGGCCCAUGUUCCCAUACAGGAAAUCUGCCGCGGAGCCACCUGGUCUUCCGUCCACACCUUUGCAUCGCACUAUGCAUUGGUCCAACAGUCUAGAGACGAUGCCGCCUUCAGCUCAGCGGUUUUACAUUCCGCAACAUCUCGCUCCAACUCCACCACCUAGGUAAGGCUUGGGAAUCACCUACUGGAAUGGAUAUGAGCAAGCACUUGAAGAAGAAAAGACGGUUACUCACCUUUGUAACUGUUGUUCUUCGAGAUGUGUUGCUCAUAUCCAUUCCACACCCGCCCUCCUUCCCCACUGUUGGAGUAGCCGGCAAGAAGGAACUGAGGAGCGGGCGGGCCAGCAGGGGUAUAUAUC